CUGGAGCGGCUUGAACUGCAGUAUAACUCCAUCUCGGGCACCGUCCCUCCGGAUACGAGCAAGCUGUCGCAGCUGGACAGGCUUUACCUGAACGGCAACUCCAUCUCGGGCACCAUCCCUGCGGAGACGAGCAAGCUCUCGCAGCUGAAGAUCCUUGACCUGCACGACAACUCCAUCUCGGGCACCAUCCCUCCGGACACGGGCAAGCUCUCGCAGCUGACGUACCUUAUCCUGCACAGCAACCCCAUCUCGGGCACCAUCCCUCCGGAUAUGGGCAAGCUCUCGCAGCUGGGAACCCUUUCUCUGCACGACGACCUCAUCUCGGGCACCAUCCCUGCGGAGACGAGCAAGCUCUCGCAGCUGAAGAUCCUUGAGCUGCACGGCAACUCCAUCUCGGGCACCGUCCCUGCGGAGACGAGCAAGCUCUCGCAGCUGAAGAUCCUUGAGCUGAACGGCAACUCCAUCUCGGGCACCAUCCCUGCGGAGACGAGCAAGCUCUCGCAGCUGAAGAUCCUUGAGCUGCACGACAACUCCAUCUCGGGCACCGUCCCUCCGGAUACGGGCAAGCUCUCGCAGCUGGACAGGCUUUACCUCAACGGCAAC